AUGGAUCCUUCCCAGAAAAGACCUAAGCGGACACUUAAGCCAGGUGUCAAGAAAAGACGACCGCCCUUGGCUUGUAUCCAAUGCUAUCAGCGGAAGCUUAAAUGUGGCAAGGAAUUUCCGUCCUGCGGCCGGUGCGUGAAGGCCGGAAUCGCCGACGAAUGCACAUAUCGUGGUCAACCUCAUCAGAAAGAUGUAAUGACUAGGCUUGUCCGACAAAACAACACGGAGGCUAUACCAGCACCCAAAGUGUCAUCACAGGAUGGCCUGCAGAAAAGUUCCCUGCCUACGCCCAGUGGAACUGGCGAAAUAACCCAUCUGCGAAGGAGGGGCAAUUUCGUUCAAUUUUACGGGUAUAGUUAUCACAUGAACUUCUAUCAGCAGUUUCCCGAGCUUCAAUCCUACAUUGCUCGCGUCAAAGCUACGCACCCUUCGAUCAAUGUUGCAAGGGAUGGGGUGUAUCCACCACAGAAUGAAGGCAUUGCUCGUGGCCAGCGUCGUACCGCUUCAGCGAGCUCCGCCGCUUUGGAGCUCCUGAUACCAAGCAAAUCUGUGGCGGAUGCAUUAGUACAGAGCUAUCUCGAUCGCUUCGAGACCACACAUCGCGUGCUGGACCGAUCGGUCUUCAUGGCAGACUAUCAUCGCCAUUGGGGCGAUUCCAUGUCGACAGCCACCUCAUUCCUUGCCCAGCUGCUCUUAGUACUUGCGGCUGGCGCCAGCCUUCACCCCGACAUUCAUUUCGAGAAGGAGAGCGAAACAUCGAUCUACGUGUCGAUCUACGUGCAAACGACGGAAUGGAUCGAGGUCGCUGAAUCAUGGCUCACUUCCUCCACUGAUGUUGUGCCACAUUCUCCGUGCACCAUUGCAUGUCAUUGCUUAUUACUGAUUGCGAAGCGAGCGAACUAUAUUCAAGGAAGCUCAUUUUGGACCAGCACUGGCGCACUGAUGCGACUGGCAAUGGCAGCGGGGUACCACCAGGAGGCUAACCCAGCAGCUCGAAUUUCCCCCUACAAUCUGGAGAUCCGGCGGAGGCUAUGGACAACGAUCGUGGAGCUGGAUGUACAGGCCGCUGUAGAACGAGGAAUGCCGCCCUCUCUCCGAAUGAAUGACUUUUCGACACAUCGUCCAUUGCAUAUCAACGAUGACCAGAUACACGAAUCCCUCGAGAAUGGGGGUGUCGAUUUGCCAAUGGAGGCGAUGAGCGAUACCUCGUUCCAGGUUAUCAUGUUGAAAUCACUACCGACAAGACUUGCCAUAUGCUCGUAUGUGAAUGGCUACGAUGUAGCGAUAGAGUUUGAGCAGGUCCAGGAACUCGCGGAAGCGUUGCACAACGCAAUUCGUGACAUCCCGGACUGGAAGGGUCGGGCAGCAGAUCCACGCCAGGAGAGGCUCGCUAUGUACUUGAGCACGUUGCUGAAGGUUUAUUUGUGUCAGUAUUCGCUCUUGCUGUAUGCCAAGUUCGGUUGCCAGUCGCCAGACUCGUUCCAAUCAGCGAUCUGUCGCAGAGCGCGCUUGGAUGCGAGCACAACAAUACUGGAAUGCUACCAAAGGCUCGUUGACGAUGGAAUCGUUCCGAAACAUGCUUGUCAGACAGGGCUGAUGGUAGCUGCCUUGGACCUCUGCCAUGAGAUUUAUCUUUCUCAUGGCCCUGGUGUGGAAGCUACCGGAGUAACCACAUCCUUAGGAUUCGCACAUCAUCUACUUGGCGCGGUUGAGCAGGUGUUAGAGAUCUUGCAAACAAGGAUAAGCAGAACUCUGCAUGGCUUGAACGAGUACUAUCUCCUCAGCAUGAUCAUCGGUCUGGUUAAGACCAAGAUAUCUCCCGCGACAAGAUCCAGCAAUGACACGGAAGCUGCGAAUCGAGCAAUCCAAGUCUGCACUUUCUUACACACUGCGCGGGCUUCUUUGCUCACGUGUGACUCGCCCAUACAGCCAGUGUAA